AUGUCGCUCAAUCUUUCCUGGCCAGCCGCGACCAUGCGGGCAGUCGUUUACCAUGGCACGCCUUUUGAAAUGAUGGUACAAGAUGUCGCCAAGCCAGCCAUCCUGAACGAGACGGAUGUCGUUGUGCGGGUGACCACCUCGGCCGUAUGCGGAUCCGACUUGCACAUCUAUCGCGGCUACAUGGGCGGUGCGGUGCCAUGGACAAUGGGUCACGAGGCCGUCGGCUACAUCUCGGAGAUUGGCGACGCCGUGUCCUCCUUCGCCGUUGGGGACUAUGUCAUCAUUCCCGACACCGUGUCUGAGGAUCAUCUGGAGAUGGAGCCGAGGUCGAAGGAAUACUUCGGCUUCGGGAAUAGUGAGAUGGGUCUAGGCGGUCUGCAAGCUGAAUACGCCAGGGUCCCUUUCGCUGAAGCCAACCUGAUCCCCAUCCCAUUGACUCACGAAACCGCCAAUUCGACGAUCGAGCGCGACUACCUGACCGUUUCGGACAUCUUCGCUACGGGAUGGGCCGGCAUCGACUACACCGGAUUCGAACCCGGCGAUUCCGUCGCCGUCUUCGGGGCGGGUCCCGUUGGGCUGCUUUCUGCCUACUCAGCCAUUCUACGUGGAGCGUCCAAGGUCUACGUCGUCGACCAUGUGAAGGAGCGCCUGGAUCUCGCCGCUUCCAUCGGCGGCAUCCCGAUCAACUUUGCUGACAAAGACCCCGUCGCCCAGAUUCUGGCUAGCGAGCCGGACGGGGUCAUGCGCGCCGUAGACUGUGUUGGCAUGGAGGCGUUGAACUCGAGCCUUGAGAUGAACGAGAGCAUUAUCACACAACAGAUGGUUGACGUAACGCAUUUCAAAGGAGGCAUGGGCCAACUGGGCGUGUAUAGAUCUUGA